ACAGACUCUUUGGUGGUCGUCCGUUACUUCUUCAUAAAAUGUGGCUGCAGCAGAGACUGAAGGGGCUCCCGGGGUUGCUGUCCAGCAGCUGGGCGAGGAGGGUCCUGAUCGGGCUGCUCGUCUUCCUCAUCUUCUACUGGUACUUGGGGUCAGGGGGCAGGUGGACGUUCCUGAGCGGCUCCGCCAUGCCCGGCGGCGCAGCGGGACAGUGCCUCCAGGCUGAGAUCCACAGGUGGAGCUCCAUCGUGGAGCGGGGUGAGGGGGUCUACAGCUCACCCGAGGAGCAGCUGGACAUGCCCUUUGUGUCCGGUAAUGGUCAUAUUCUGAUUGACGUCGACACAAAUAGGUUGUGGGUGUCAUCGUCCUCGCAGCCCGGCUCGGCUCCAGUUCACCAGACGGACUACUUCCCGAUAAUUGGGGUGCACCUGGAGGAGGAGCGGGCCGUGGUUCGGGCAAAUAUGCUGUGGUUCAGAAAAGGAGCCGUGCUGUUGGUUCGGUGCACUUCCACGGCUGCCGUGCAGUCCGCCCGGGACUGUGUCUCCAUCCGGGAGGAGUUCAUCGCCCACCGCAGCAGACCUAACGUGUUCCUGCAGAGAAUCCACGUCAGCAACCCGUCUGACAGAGCUGCCACCCUGGACAUCAGCUCCGUCAGCUCCGCCCACAGGAGCAAGUUCUCCUCCAGCUUGGAGAACCUUGGGAACCGAGAGGUGGAGCUCUCCUCUGGUAGGGUGCAGGUGGAGAACAACCGAAUGGUUCUGGUGGUGGUGGUCACCAAAAAGCUGAACAGCAGGAUCCAGGUCCCUGCUAAAUCGGAGUUCUUAGAAAACAUCCUGUCAGUGGUGUGGACCUCAGAACCUAUCGAGUCCUCUAAGCUGGAGGAGACCUUCAGCACCCUCAGAGAUGGAGCCAAGAAGGAGAUGGAGGAGCUGCUGAGGACUGAAGUCAACGACCUGGUUCUGGAUCACCAGAAGGCCUGGAUGGACCUCUUUAUUUCAGGUGAGCUGGAUAACAAGGUUCUACAGGUCUGA